GCUCGCCGUUCAUUGGCUUCCGCGCCGGAAGCGGCGGUACCGUCCAGCUGCGCACGCGCCCUUUCCCGUGCUCCGGAACACGGCCAGUGCUGGGGCCGGCUGUCACCAUGCUGCGGCAGUGUGCUCGCUGGGUGUUGACGCGCACCCGGGCCGGCCGCGGCUGUCGCCGCUACAGUUCGUGCUCGCCGAGCGCUAGUGGCGACGCCGGGGAAGCGCGGGCCUACUUCACCACACCUAUCUUCUACGUGAACGCCGCGCCGCACAUCGGGCACCUGUACUCGGCGCUGCUGGCCGACGCCCUGUGCCGCUACCGUCGUCUACGAGUUCCUGGCUCUGCGUCCACGCGGUUUUCCACCGGCACGGAUGAGCACGGCCUGAAGAUCCAGCAGGCGGCAGCCACCGCCGGCUUGGCCCCGAUCGAGCUGUGCGAUCGAGUGUCUGCCCAGUUCUUGCAGCUUUUCCGGGAGGCUGACAUCUCCUCCACGGACUUCAUCCGCACCACGGAGGCUCGGCACCGUGUAGCGGUGCAGCACUUCUGGGGUGUGCUGGAGGCCCGGGGUCUGCUUUACAAAGGGAUCUAUGAAGGGUGGUAUUGUGCCUCGGAUGAGUGCUUCUUGCCCGAGGCCAAGGUUACUCGGCAGGUGGGUCCGUCCGGGGAUCCGUGUCCUGUGUCCCUCGAGAGCGGGCAUCCUGUCUCCUGGACGAAGGAAGAAAAUUACAUUUUCAAGCUUUCUCAGUUCCGAGAACCACUCCAGCAGUGGCUUGGAAACAAUCCUCAGGCAAUCACACCGGAACCGUUCCACCAGGCAGUUCUUCAGUGGCUGGAGGAGGAGCUGCCUGACCUGUCCGUUUCUCGAAGGAGUAGCCAUCUGCACUGGGGCAUACCAGUUCCCGGGGACGACUCGCAGACCAUCUACGUGUGGCUGGAUGCCCUGGUCAACUACCUCACUGUAGUUGGCUACCCAGAUGCAGAUUUCAAGUCUUGGUGGCCAGCCACCUCUCAUAUCAUAGGUAAGGACAUUCUCAAAUUUCAUGCUAUUUAUUGGCCUGCCCUUCUCCUAGGGGCAGGAUUGAGGCCACCACAUCGCAUCUAUGUCCACUCGCACUGGACGGUGAGUGGCCAAAAAAUGUCCAAAAGCUUGGGCAACGUGGUGGAUCCCAGGACUUGCCUUGAUCGCUAUACUGUGGAUGGCUUUCGCUACUUUCUCCUUCGGCAGGGCGUUCCCAAUUGGGACUGCGAUUACUAUGAUGAAAAGGUGGUUAAAUUGCUGGACUCCGAGCUGGCAGAUGCCUUAGGAGGGCUUUUAAACCGGUGCACUGCCUACAGAAUAAAUCCUUCUGGAACCUACCCAUCUUUCUGUGCUGCUUGUUUUCCCAGUGAGCCAGGGUUAACGGGGCCGUCAGUUCGUGUGCAGGCAGAAGACUAUGCGCUUGUAACUGCAGUGGCCACUUUACCCAAACUGGUAGCGGGCUAUUAUAAUGACUUUCAGAUCUAUAAGGCUCUGGAGGCGGUAUCCAGCUGUGUUCGGCAAACCAAUGGUUUCGUCCAAAGGCACGCACCAUGGAAAUUGAACUGGGAGAGCCCUGAGGAUGCUCCCUGGCUGGGUACUGUGCUUCACGUAGCCUUGGAGUGCUUGCGAGUGUGUGGAACUUUGCUUCAGCCUGUUACUCCAAACUUAGCAGAUAAACUGCUGUCAAGACUGGGAGUCUCUACCACAGAGAGAGGCCUUGGAGAACUCUACUUCCUACCUCGAUUCUAUGGACACCCAUGCCCCUUUGAGGGGAGAAAGUUGGGACCUGACACUGGGCUUUUGUUUCCUAGACUGGACCAAUCCAGGACUCGGCUAGUGAAAGCCCACAGGACCUAGGAACUCAGCUCUUACUGACCGGUAGUAAAAGAUCAAAUGUAUUCUUUUUGCGGUUUUAAGUAAAGUCAUGUUUAAAGAGUAUGUAUCAAAUGAGCACAUAAACUAUGUCCUUAUGAACAGAACGAUUCAGGUCCCUAACCCAGUUCUUUUCAUUUCUCAGUGCCAUUAACCACUGUUCUUGUUCACCAGUGUCUCCAAGAGAAGGAUGGUUGAGGGCAGGACCAAGAUGCAGACACUUCCUUCUCAUUGCACCUUCUCCCAACCCAGGGGCAGGGCUUCUGCUCCCCAGGCUAAUUUAACACAGCCCCUUCUUCAACUAAAACUAGGGUUGGAAGUCCCUGCCCUGUUUUUACAGGUCAGCCCUACUUUGUUAAACAGAGUCUCCUGUUAAAGAGUUUUUUUUUUUGUACCCUGAACUUUAGGAACCAGUGUCCUAGACUUUUGCCCAUGUCAGCCCAGCAGUUGUGCUUUGUAAUACUACACUCGAUCCAGCAGAUGGCUCUGCUCGCACACAUUGAGCUCCUUGAGAGUGUCCUUUCAGAAGAAUUAUUUUCAGCUGUGUAAUUCACAGAAUUUUGGAAUUGUACUGUUCUUAAAGGAUAACUUUGGAAACUGAUAUUUUUACAACACAAGGACACUAGAAUUCUAAUUUUAAAACUAUUAAAGUGACAUGUACAAUAGGAUAUAAGUAAAUAUGACAGGUUUGUUUAUAUGAAAAAACUAAAAAGCUCUUGAGGUACACUGUAUUACAGAUAAUAGUAACAGUUACAUGUUCAUCUAUAAAGCCCUCAAAAGGGUUGUAUUCUUUAUAUUAUUUCUUAUCCACAUACAUAAUUUACCUCAUGAUUAUUUUUGGUCAAUCAGGAUACAUAGUAUGGGAAAUAUAAAAUAUUGUAGUUAGUAAAUUUAUGUCAAAAUAGUUUUUGUUGAUUACUUCUCUUUGAGACAAGCUUUCACUAUGUAAUUUGUUAUCAUCAGUCUCUUGCUUCCACUUUUCAGGUGUUGGGAUUACAGGGUAUGCCACCAGGCCUGCCUUUUAACUUAUUAAAGUGUGGUUGUAAGUAC